UGAGCUGGCCUCCAAUUAAGACAGAGACGGAGCACGGAAAGCGGCAGGCAAAAGAGCGCAGUCAUUUGUCGACCCAUUGAACCAGUUUCUUUUUUUUUUUUCACCUUUUUUUUUCUUUGGGUGCUUAGGCCUAAGUCAAUCUGUCAUACGAACACACACUGUAAUUUGCGGUUUGGCCGUGAAAUUUGAAAUUUGGCAAACCAUAUGCGCGUUUUGGCUAUAAAAACAGUCGCUUGCCAGGGGUUUGGUAUCAGUAGCCACUGCAGCUCACUACAAACAUCACUUUAAGUGUUCAGUUCUCAAUUAAUCCAAUCCAAUUCCAGCCAUGGCAUUCAAGUACGUCCUGUUGUCCUUCUGCGCUCUGGUGGGCGUGGCAAGCGCUGGCUUCCUGGCUCCGGCCACCACCUAUGCCGCCGCCUCCAUUCCCGUGGUGGCCAAGGUGGCUCAGCCCCACUACGAUGCCGUGGGCACCACCCAGCAGAAUGUGGUGCGCUCCUUCGGCGGCACUGUGUCCACCUACUCCAAGAACGUGGUCACCCCCUACUCCAGUGUCAGCAAGGUGGACUCCCGCAUCACCAACAAUGUCUACACCCCGAAGACCCUGUACUCCGCACCUGCUCCCGUGAUCACCAAGUCCUUCUACGCCGCUGCUCCUGCUCCAGUGCUGGCCAAGACUGUCUACUCCGCUCCUGCUCCCGUCGUGGCGAAGACUGUCUACUCCGCUCCUGCUCCGGUCUACGCUGCUCCUGCUCCAGUCGUGGCUAAGACUGUCUACUCCGCUCCUGCUCCAGUGCUGGCCAAGACUGUGUACUCCGCUCCCGUGGCCAAGGCUGUCUAUGCUGCCCCAGCUCCAGUCUACGCCGCUCCCGCUCCAGUUGUGGCCAAGACCGUGUACUCCGCUCCAGCUCCAGUUUACCACGCUCCUGCUCCUCUGGUGGCCGCUGCUCCCGCCGCCUUUGUGAAGUACUCGCCCGCCGCCGUGGUGGCCCACGCCAGCUUCGAUGGAUUCGGAUCCCACUGGGGAUACUAGGGCGUGACAUCGCGACCUUUGUUGACACUUUGUUGAUUAGUUGAUUUUGUACGAAAUAAAAAAAGUCCAUUUGUAACUGAA